GUUCUGGCCAAAGGGGCUUCAGAAAACUCUGGUCUUUGUAAUGGGGACAGUAAGCUAGAGUUAUGUAUGGAGAUAGUUAUCAUGACUGCCUAUGAAUUCCUGCAGGCCAAAGCAGUGGAGAAUCCAGAGAAUAUUUUCCAUUGUCAAAGAAAAUAGAAGCAAAACAGGAGAGGCAUUCUCGGCUUUUUCUUUUCUGUGCAUCCAGAGGUCAAGGAAUCUUAAUAUGUGCCCAAGUCAGGGAUUUGAAUUGAAGCUACCCAUGGUACAUUAAGUGAAGACAAGCACAAGAAGGCCAAGAUGGAAUCCUGAAGUCUUUCUAUACUCUAGCUUCUUUGAAGGCCUCCGACUGAAGUUGCCUGACCUUCCUGGGGCCUCUAAAAGCCACCACACACCCGGAUCCCUUCCACUCCACGUGCUUCUGCCAUCGCCUUUCUCUUCCUUCCCCACUUCCUCCCCGCUCCGCGUCACUGGACCGGAAAAGUGUUUCAAUAAAAGUGUCCGGUUGGCAUUUUGGGAUUCUCGAGAGGGCCGUUCCGGGCGGAAGGAGCCGAAGUAAGAAAAUUCUCAGGCGGCGGCGGCGGCGGCGGCGGCGAAGGCGGCGAAAGCGGCAACAUGAAGAAGGAGCAGGUGCUCCACUGUCAGUUCUCUGCUUGGUACCCGCUAUUCAGGAGCCUCACCAUCAAGAGUGUCAUUCUUCCACUGCCUCAGAAUGUGAAGGAUUAUUUACUUGAUGAUGGAACUCUGGUGGUCUCAGGAAGGGAUGAUCCACCAACACAUUCUCAACCAGACAGUGACAAUGAGGGAGAAGAAAUACAGUGGUCAGAUGAUGAGAACACAACAACACUUACGGCACCAGAGUUUCCUGAGUUUGACAUUAAAGUUCAAGAAGCCAUUAAUUCCCUGGGGGGUAGUGUAUUUCCAAAACUUAACUGGAGUGCACCAAGGGAUGCCUACUGGAUAGCCAUGAAUAGUUCUCUGAAGUGUAAAACCCUCAGUGACAUCUUUCUACUUUUCAAGAGUUCUGAUUUUAUUACUCAUGACUUUACUCAACCGUUUAUUCACUGUACUGAUGAUUCCCCAGACCCUUGUAUGGAAUAUGAGCUUGUUCUUCGAAAAUGGUGUGAAUUAAUUCCUGGGGCAGAAUUUAGGUGUUUUGUCAAGGAAAAUAAGCUUAUUGGUAUAUCCCAGAGGGACUAUACACAAUACUAUGAUCACAUUUCUAAACAAAAUGAAGAGAUCUGUAGAUCCAUACAGGAUUUUUUCAAGAAACACAUACAAUAUAAAUUUUUAGACGAAGACUUUGUAUUUGAUGUAUACCGAGAUAGUAUGGGCAAAGUGUGGCUAAUUGAUUUUAAUCCAUUUGGUGAAGUAACAGACUCACUACUGUUCACAUGGGAGGAAUUAAUAUCUGGAAAAAACUUAAAAGGUGAAGAAAAUGAAGGAGAGACUCUGGAACAGGAUUCUCCAGCCUUUCGUUGCACAAACAGUGAAGUUACAGUACAACCGAGUCCCUAUCUGAGUUACCGGCUACCUAAAGAUUUUGUAGACCUCUCCACUGGUGAAGAUGCUCAUAAACUAAUAGAUUUUCUAAAACUGGUAAAAAAAGAAAUGAACAAGAAGACGACUGAGAAGAACCAUAAAGUUGAAGAUUUAAGUAAAGAGGAAAUCAUUGAGGCUACUUCCCAAGGCUGCUUAUAGGCCAUAACUUCUUACCAAUCUAAAGAAAAAAAAAAUUGCUUUUUGUAUUCAUGUAUAUUCAUCUAGAAAAAAAUGGAGAGACUUUGUUACCAUAUCAAAAUAGCAUAAUAAAUAGAGAACUUCAACAUAGAAAAACUAUUUUGUGCUGGUGAUAUAAAACAUUUUAUAUGGUCUAAUUGGUCUUUUUUGACUAAGCCUGUCAAGUCAAAUUAAGCUAAGCUUCUUGCUGAAGUAGUUCUGUAGGUAGGUGGAUAAACUUGUGAUAUUGUUAUGCAAUAUUGAAUGCAGACAAAUUAGCCUUUUCUUUUUGGAAAUAACCCCAGUUUGCUAUAUAAUUUCCUCCCUCCCU